AUGCUUUUCAUUGUUUAUCUUAGCCUUAUUCAAUUUACACAAUCACUUGGAGAUUUCAUGAUUUACGUACUUUAUUCUGAACAAACAAACUCAAAUUUUGUAUCAGAUGCAAAAAACUACUUAUCUAACACAAUCAAUCACAGUGAACAAUUUUUUGAUAUUGAAGUCAUAGAGAUGGUUUUAAAUCAAAAUUUGGCUGAUAUUCUAGAUACCAACCUGAAUUUUUUAAUUGUUGACGCAACUUUUAACGUUUAUUGGAAUAGGAUAAUUUAUGAGUACACUGAGAAUAAUAGCAUAGUGAACCUUAUAUUGAGUCUUGAAGCUAGCCAUAAAGGAGAUUGACAGUUUUUUCUCCAUAAUUCUGUUGAUCAACAUCAAAAUAUUGCUGAAUCAGUUAUAAACUUUUUUGGAUGAAACAAUUUAGCCAUAGUUUCUAGUGAAGUCCAGGCAAACCUUAAAAUAGCUUCUAAUAUUGAAAAACGGUUAAAUAAAAAAGUUUCCCUAAAAGUGGUACUUCCAGAUUCAAUAAUUGAAGAAAAUAUAGAAAAUUAUAUCGGGAAAAUCAUAAAGCCUGAAGGUAUUCAAAUGUUUUUGAUUCUUGUAGAAGGAGGACACUUUCAGUAUUUAUUAGGAGGUCUUAAAAAUGAAAAAAUCUAUAAAAAAGGUGCAGGCAUAUUAGCUGGCAGUUCCAGUGUUUGGGCUGAUGGCGAGGAUGGAGUAAUUAUGUAUGUUGAGAAGGGAUUGGAAACAGCGACGUCGUAUUCUGAAUAUGAGUUUUUGGCAAUAAAGCAAUUUACUGAUAUGAUACUUGAUUUCAAAUUAAAAUAUAUGUUUAAGUUUUUAGUUUACGAAUUACUCUGGCAUAAGCCUUUAGUCUUCUUUUACUUGAGAGUCCAGCACCAUUAACAGCUCUGAAUAACGGUAGGUGGACCGGCCUAAUCGUCAAACCGUUAAAGUUAAUAAGCCCGUCAAGACUUCUCUAGUCAGUGCCAGCCUCAACACCAACCUCUUCUCUUCAAGCCGAGACUCUCAAGAAGCUUGACUCCUCUCACUAAGCUCGGAUGAUAGGUUAGCAGGAGCUAGGACCUAUCCCUAACUGAUAUUUUUAAUAUUGUAAAAAUAUAUGAGCACUGAGCCAUUUGAUUUACGGUUAAUUCGGCAAUUAUUUGAGUCCAACACAUAUCAACAUAGAAAAUUGCCAAUUUUUUCAAUAAUAAAUAUUGACAAAGGAGAGAAGAUUUUAAAAGCUGAAUUUGAAAACACAAAAUUUCAGGUCUUCAACCGCACAUUUCUUUAUCCAGGAAAUACAACUGCUUUUCCAAAAAUAUCAGAAACUGAGAUUGUAAUUUCAGUUGCUUCAGGAUCAACUGAGCCAAAUGGCUUGCCUAAAAAUCUUUUGAACCCUCAAAAUUUUUUGGGCUCUUUAUAUGCACAGUGAGUUGUAUAUUUAUUCACAGAGACUAAUAUUAUCAUAAAUUAUAUUUAUUAUGAAUCAUUAAAUUUGAUAUCUUUUCUAUAGAGAAUAAAUAACUCAACCUCUCUUCUUAACAAUUUCUACAUCACUCAGUUCCAAACAGACUGCGGCUCAAACACAUAUGAUUUCAAUUUUUAUUACAACUGUAUGAGUACAAACAAAGAUCAGCUUGGUGUCGCAUUUCUUUCUCCUUCAUUCAGUGCUGGAGCAGUAGGAUACGUUUCAGUUUUCCGAGAACUAGGACUAGAGAUUCCUCAAUGUGGGGCUGGUACUCGAGUUGCUACCUUAUCUAAUAAAACUCAAUAUCCUGAAUAUAUGAGGGUCACUACCAGUGCUGAAUAUUUUGCAGUUAUUUUAGCCAAAGGAGUUGCGUAUUUUGGCUGAAAUAACGUUGCCGUCAUUUAUGCUAAUAAAUCAUCGAUUAUCCCUGUCUACAAGAGAUUUAAACAGCAAUGCGAAACACUUGGGAUAAAUAUUUUGAACGAUGAAAACGAAAGAAUGAUUUCGCCAGGAUAUUUGAGGACAAAUUUCACGCAGUAUAAGCAUAUUUUUAAAAAUAUUUAUGAGUCUAAAGCGAGGGUUUGUAUUAUUCUUUUAGAAAAUCCGAAUGCUUGGCAUGCAAUAGAAGGGCUCUAUGAUGUUGGGUUUAGAAAAGGGGAUCUUGUUCCUGUUUUUUACAGUAAAACUGGUGGCGUUCAGGCUAUUUCAAAUGAGCUUGAUGAAUAUAUAAAGAAAAGAAAAGAACUUAUGCUUGGGUCUUUAAGCGUGUUUAGCAAUGAGUAUAUUGGGGAUUAUGGAAAACAAAUUAAAUCUGAAAUAGCCCAAGCCUUUUACCCUCAAGAUCCCAGCUAUAAAUGCUUUUCAUUUGAUGCCUUUAUGCUAGCAGCACAUGGGCUUGAUUAUACCAUUAAUCGAGGUGAUGAUAUAGAAAAUCCAUUAAUACUGAAUAAAAAUUUGAGGAAACAAAGAUUUGUAGGCUGCAGUGGAAUUAUUUCUAUUGAAUCAAACAGCAAUAAUAGAAAUUCUGCGCCUAUAAAUCUGUUUAAUUUUUAUUAUAAUAAAACGAGCAAGACUUAUAUCGAGACAUCAGUCAUAGUUUAUAAUCCUGAGUCAUCUACACCGUUUAUUGUGAUGCAACAAAUAAUGUGGCCUGGAGGCUCCAACACAGUGCCUGAAGACAUGAGAGAUCAAAAUUUUGACUGCCCAUUCGAAAAAAAGCUCGUCAGAAAUUCUGGUAGUGGCAUUGGAAUGCUUUUUGGGGUAUGUUUCUCAAUUUUCUCAGUAUCUGGUAUUAUCACUUGAUUAAUAUGGAAAAAAUGGAAAAUUGUUGAUUAUCCUAAAUUGGAGAAAACUAAAAAGUUAAAGUUUGCUGAUAUGAUUGUUUAUUUGGUCAUUGCUAUUGAAUUCUUUCAAUAUUUAUAUUUAGGUCCACCAAUUUCUUCAAUGAAUUCUGCAGUAGCUUAUGCUAGUGAAGCAACUUCUGUUGAUUUAACAAGUUUUAUUACUUUUAAAGGGGCAAUAUUUUGGAUUGCAAUGAUUAUCACUCUUUGCACUGUUUUAUUAAGUUAAACUAGUUGAAAAAUUCAUUUUAUGGAAAAUCCAUCCCAGGCUUAAAAUUAUUUAAUAUAAAUUUUUCUAUAUAUAAUAUUAGUAUGCAUAAUUAAUAAUUUUAAUAACGAGAUCUCUAUAUAUAAUUAUAUAAAAUAUAAUUUUCAGGAUAAAUUUUAUAAUUAAAUGACUUUUUUGAGGCACUUGUAAAUUGGGCUUUUUCAGAUAUAAUUUGUUUUAUUUAAUUUAAAUUAAUUUUUUAAAAAAAUUACUUGUUUUAAAAGUGGAGGAAUAAGUAUAUAUUUUUAAAUAUUUUUACAGUUACAAGAUUUAAGCACGUUUUUAAAUGAAGAUGCUGUGUAAAUUUAAGACUAUUUGCAGAGACAUUGAUGCCUUUACUAGGAAAUGCUUUAUUUAUCCCAAUAAUUUCAUUUCUAUUAAACGUGUUUUCAUGCACUCAUGCAACCGGAGACUCUAUUUCUGAUACUUAUUUAGAUAAAGAUUGCUAUCAAUAUUGUUGGCAAGGAAAACACUUAAUCCCCGUUAGAUUAGUGAACAUAGUUAUUAUUUUUAGGAAAAUUAUUCAUUUAAAAGCUAGCAAAAUAAAAUUUUCAAUACAAAAUCUUAUGCAAAUAAUAGCUUAAUAUGUAAUUGAUUGUGGCUCUAAUUCUAUGAAUUUUAAAUAGUUUUCUCUUUUAAAAUAUUCAUGGAUCGAUUUUAUUAAAAUAUAUAAAACAAUAAUAUAUAAGUUAAUAUAAAAAUUAGAAAACAUUUAUCACCCUCCUUUAGAAAGCAAAACAAUGUUGUUCGCUAAACAAUGGGAGUUAGCAUUUGCUAUGCAAUCUAUAAUUGCAAUUUUUAUUUACGUUCCUUUGACUGUAUACUACAGGCCAGUUUAUCAAGAAGUGCAAGAAUCCUUGCACAUCAAAACAAUGCCAAAAUAUCUUGUUAUUAAAAGCUUAACACAAAUAUUCUUUGUAGUCCUUAAAAAAACCCUUGGUCUUUAUCAGCCAGAAAUCCAUGGAUUUGUCUACUUGAUUUUAUUUUCAUUCUACAUUUGAAUUAUCCUUCGCAUAAAAGCAUAUAAUUAUGACAGAAUGUGUUUGCUGCUAUUCAUAUCAAUGCUAAUGGUAGUUUGGUCUGUGCUGUUUACAUCUUUAGCAAAUAUACUUGAAGUAACUUUUAUACUUUGGCUGUGCUGCCAACUGACUGGCUGAGCUGCUAUUUUACUCUGAGGAGCAAUCAAAGCAAAAAAAAUUCCAUCCUUAAUUAUCACAGAAAAAGGAAUUGACAUAUCCGUUUUGUUUAAAUUUAUGCUUGGGAAGAUUGAAGCUAACCAAAUUGACAAAAAAGAAAUCAAGUUUGUUUCUAACUCACAUUUAAAAUUAAACUCUUUCUCCAAGCUUAUAAAAAGGUAGUAGUUUAUGUAAUUUUAAUUGAUGAAAUUAUUUUGCAUUUUUAUUAAAAUUAUUUUUAUACUUUUAGCUAAAAUAAUGUAGGAGUAAGAAAGAAAUUACUGACCCUGAUCAAUGCAAAAAAGUUGAUUCUAAUGAAAAAAUAGCAGACGAAGAAAAAAUAGAAAUAGUUAUUGAAGAUGAGAUGUCUGACGAAAAAGUUUUGAGCUCUGAUAACGUGCUAAAAAUUGAUGAAAAUGAAGAAGGAAAGAGUGACGAUACAACAAGAAUGAAUACAAAUAGGAAAUUUAUUUAA